AAUGCAUUCAAACGUCUCUAUAGUUAUAGUAAUAGUUGUGUUGUUUUGAGAUAUGAAUUGAAUUACAUUUGAUUUGAACACCGAUUGACACAUCAGUGAUGGAAAGUGUGGACAUUAUUACACUCUUCUAUGACUACAAAGAUGUCUGCUAUCAACGGCUCCGACAGACCGAUAGCCAUGAGUCCCAAGAGUCAAAAGUGGUGUUUAUGGAGACAACGAUUGAAGAGCUUUUAGACCAAAACCUAUUACUUAUCGAAACGAUCGUUGAAUUGCAAAAAGAGGCCAAAAAUAGAUGCCAUGAAAUGGACAAAAGAUUGGCCUUAAGUGCCAACAAAACCGAAGAAGUUGUUUUGGCGUUAAAUAAAUACGAGAAAGACAUCAAAACGAUCGUGAAUUCGCGGAUCUCGUCCAUAGAGGCGGCGGAUGUGGUCGAAGAACUCAAUUCUCAUAUCUGUGCCGUCGAUAUCGAGAACAACUAUCUUAGGGAACAGAACGACAAUUUGAAACACGAUUUGAGUUCUUUGAUAGAA